AUGACGUCGAACCAAUGCGAUUAUACUUAUAUUCUUACGCUUUGGGUACUGUCUGGUGUGGCCUGUUAUUUUCCAUCCCGACGAAUAUAUUUUGACUUGUCAUCAAAAAGUGUAUUCCAAAAUGAAUAUGUAUACCGUGCCCCCCCCUGGAAUACCUGGAUGCCCUCCUGGACUAGAAUAUUUGACUCAGGUGGACCAGCUACUCAUCAAGCAGAAAGUUGAACUCAUCGAAGCGCUGGUGGGCUUCGAGAGCAACAACAAGUACGAGGUGCGCAACUCGCUGGGGCAGAACGUGUUCUACGCCGUGGAGGAGAACGACUGUCUGAGCCGGCAGUGCUGCGGCCCGCUGCGCUCCUUCACCAUCCGCGUGCUCGACAACUACAGCAACGAGAUCAUCACCGUCAGCCGGCCCCUCAAGUGCAUGUCCUGCUGCUUCCCCUGCUGCCUGCAAGAGCUGGAGGUGCAGGCCCCGCCAGGGAACACCGUGGGCUAUGUGCUUCAGCAGUGGCACCCCUUCUCCCCAAAGUUCAUCGUGCAGAAUGAGAACCGGGAGCCUGUCCUGAAGAUCAACGGGCCCUUCUGUGGCUGGAGCUGCCUGCCAGACGUCGACUUCGAGAUCCUGACCAUGGAUGAGGUCAGCAAGAUCGGGAAAAUCAGUAAGCAGUGGACCGGACUCCUGCGGGAGAUUUUCACGGAUACGGACAACUUUGGGAUCCAGUUUCCCAUGGACCUGGAUGUGAAGAUGAAGGCCACGAUGAUAGGGGCAUGUUUUCUCAUCGAUUUCAUGUUCUUCGAGACCAACAACGUCUAGGUGUGAUAUUCAAGAGCCGGUACACCACAGUAAUGGAAGAAGAAGGCCAUAGAGCAAUUCCAAUUAGGCAAACGUGCCCUAAACUUAAGUCAACUUUCACCAUGGCUGCUUUAGAGAUGAGACCGAAAGCUACCUGAAAAGGAGAGUUUCAGUGGGAGCCAAUAAAGCUUAUGGAUUUCUCCAGUCUGAGUAUGUCAGGUCAGAGGUGGGAAGAUUGUUUCUUCUGAGUAUAGCGCUCGCCAUUACUGUCAGCGUACAGUGUGGUAAUAAUAGAUAUCUGCUACAUUAUUUUGGCUAUUACAUGUAAACGUUGUUGUUGUUGUAAACGUCGAAAGACUUGCGAUAGCGAUUGGCGUUGAAAUAGUGCCUGAUGCUGCCCAGGGAGCCUCCUUGUGGCAUACCUGCGAUCUAAGUCAUCGCCCGUUUUCUUGAGAUAGAAGGGCACUGAAUAUGUGUUGGGAGAAAAGCUGAAUUCACCUCAGCUUUAAAAUUACAUGAAACUGUGCAACAGUGAUAUUGGCUGCGGUCGAAUAGCCUCUUUCACAUGGGAUAGUUCCUAACUGGGUGAAAGGACCCCGAAGUAUCUUAGUGGCAGCCGUGAUAACAUAUUUUUGAUUUCUUCUAAACGCUAAGUAGCUUCAAUGCUCCCUCUCUCUUUUCUCCUUUAGCAAAGGGACCAUCUUUUAUGAAAGAUUAUAAAGUCCCAUAAUUCCUGAAACGCGUAAAAGUAACACACCAUUCGGUCCUUUACGAAAACAAACGAUCGACUAGAGCGACAAUUAUUUUCAAUCACUCAUACUAAUUGUGAUUCAUGUCGGUAAAUAUGAGGAGGGUGAGCAGCAGCCAUUGUCAAUGUGACAACCAUUUCGUUUUACUUUUGUGAAAGAGUUUUUUAUAAUUUCUUAUUUAAUUUCCAACCUUUGUAAUGCAGUUCAACAUGCGCCCAUUGUAGUCCCUCUUCGGAAGAUGUCCAUAUUGUCCAUGAUUUUUUUAGUUAAGAUAAUUUGUGUUUGAAAUUGUAAAUAAUUAUACUUUUGUCUUGAGAAUUCUUCACCACACAGUCCCACGUCCACAACAACAUGACGAUUUCCACCAAGGACAAGAAAAAUAGGAAGGAAUAGGACAUAGGACGUAACCUUUUGGACUUUUCGAGUGCAUUCCUAGAUGCUCAGCUAAUUUACAGAUUUCCAAGGAUAGUGCUGUUUAACAAACCUGUAGACCUUCACACCAACUUCGCAAUUAAUCAUCAAAUUUAUUAUUUCAGAGUGGCUACAUUAUGCUUAUUCUAUAUCCAUUUUUUCCACACACAUAUAGGAAAAGUCCAAUGCAUGACCUACUUGAAAACAACACAACACACUGCCAUCGCAUAUCUAGAUAACUACAAUACAUAAUACAGUAUAAUAUUUAUUCGAUGUUAAGCAUUACAGAUCAAAUGAUCAUCACGUUUUUAUAGUUUUUGUUGGUUAUUUAUUUAUAUUUAUUCAUUGAUGUUUAUCUAUUUAUUGUUAAAACAAUAAACGUGCCUGGUUGGUUGUGUUUACUUGAUGUUAUAUUUAGGGGUUGAUUUUGCCGUAAAAUCUAUAUUUUCUUUUACCAAUUUUGUUAUUUGUGAGCUUUUUUAAUGUCACUAAUUUAUAGAUGAUUAUUUUCGUUUUUGUAGACUGUUAUUGUGUAUUUUGGUACAAACUCAGGUUUAAGUGCAUGUAAUUGUAAUUUUGUGCACUAUGCACUCAAUUGCUACUAACACACAAAGAAAUUAUUUUGAAGGCUUUUGCAUUAAAAUUAUUUUACAUCUGACCAGUCUCACACUCUGAUACCUGAAAAAUAGUUGAAUGGUACGGAAGAGCAUUAGGGCCACCAUUAUUUUUGAGUUCUGAGUUUAAAGCCAGAAUUCUGAGAACUAUGGCUGAUUUCUGAGAUUAGUGUCUGAAUUUUGAUUUUAAGCUCACAGGCUAAAGAAGGGGAGUUCCU